UCAAAAUGGCCACUCGUGGACGAAAAAAACGAGUCCCGACACAAACUAAUACUUUACACAGAAAUCCAGACUUCUAUUGAGCAUGUACUACGUGAGGGACUUGUGAAUGAUAUAAAGUCAUCUCCUGUUUUCGCCAUGAUGUUGGAUGAAAGUACAGAUCUGACUGUAGACAAGAGACUUAGUAUAUGUGUUCGAUAUAUCAAGGCAGGAGAACCCGUCACAAAUAUGCUGGUUAAUGUUCAUCUAGAAGAUGGUACUGCACACACUAUCAUGAACUGUGUAGCACAUGAAUUUGAAAGGCAUGGUAUAGACCUUGCAAACUGUACAUCAUUAGCCACGGAUGGGGCUGCUGUUAUGCUAGGUAAACAUAAGGGAGUAGGACAGCAAUUGGUCAGCAAGUACUCUCCAUUCUGUAUCCAGACACAUUGUAUGGCUCAUAGGCUAAACCUGGCAUGUACAGAUUCUAUCAAGAAAAAUGACUUUAUGAUAAAAUUCAGAGAGAAAUUCAGUUCUUUGUACUCGUUUAUAAGUGGAUCAAGUAACAGAACAUUGGCACUUAAGAAGAUUCAGGAAAUACUCGAAGAACCUGAGAUAAAGAUCAAAGAGCCUUAUUCUAUUCGCUGGUUGGGUUUGAAAAAUGCAGUUUCAGCUGUGUUCGAGUCGUUUGGGUCUGUUUUGGCAACAUUGUCAAAAUUCGCUGCAGAGAAGAAUUCUGUGGCCAAGGGACUCCUGAAGUAUUUCAGCUCAUACAAGGUUGCCCUAGCAAUUGCCUUCAUAUUGGAUGUUCAUAAUGAGCUAGCAGUACUAAGCUGUGAGUUACAGAAGAAAAAUCUUCUAUUCAGUGAAAUCAAACCAGUGAUGGAUGCAACUGUGUCCAAAUUGUCUUCUAUGGAAGCCACAGAUGGAAAGUGUUUGACAUCAAUGAAGACUGAUAUAGAGAUAACAGAUGAUGGAGCUUUCUUUUCUGGAGAAAAGCUGAAGUACCAUGAUAACAUGGGAAGUGAAUUUGCUACCGUGAGGAAAGACUACAUCAAAAGGAUGAAAAAGAACAUCAGUGACAGGUUUAGGAAAACAGACAGUGAUCACUAUAAUGACUUUUGUACUUUGUUUGAACCCCAGCAGAUAAACAUUUCCACACAGGAGGAAUGUAAUGAAGCACUCGAGUCUUUGUCCACCUUCUAUGGCUACGAGAAAACAGUGAAAGUGAUUGACGGCAACCUCAUUGAGGGACUACAAGAAACAGUGAGAGUAGUUCAGCCUCUAGUAGACCCAGCCAAGGUCCAGGAGGAAUGGCCGAGAUUUCAGGGUAUGGUGAAGGGAGCUUAUGCUGAUAUGCCCACUAAUAAACUUUGUAAGAGGGUAAUACUACUGCACAAUGACAUUAUACCCAAUAUAGCCAAGCUGGCAGCAAUAGCCCUCUGCCUGCAACCUACCAGUGUUGAGUGCGAAAGAACAUUUAGCACACAGAACAGACUCAAAUGCAAACAAAGAGCUUCCCUAGGAAAUGAAGCAUUAAACACUCUCAUGACAAUUUGUAUGCUGGGGCCAGACAUAUCAAAAUAUGAUCCCUCACCAGCUGUCAUUUACUGGCUUAGGCAAAAAAGGAGAAGGAAGCCUAGACUGCAGAGUGCAUACAAGCCAAGAGCUAAGAAACAAAAAACUUGCUGACUUGGCUUGAAUUUACUCUGGAGUUUGCAUCCUAUAAGAGUUGCAUAAUUUUGUUAAGAACUAGGUAAAGCUGACAGAUAUGAGCUAAAUGUUAUAUUGAAA